AUGCAGCCUUGCCAAAACUGCGUGGCAUGGAAUCUCGCAUGUGAAGUAGGGAUCUCUCGACGCGGAAAAUAUCCCCGUCGAAAGAAAAAGGGGGCUCGAACAUCCACCACGCCAAAUGACACGGCAAAUGCAUCGGAAUCCCGAGACCCCGGACAAUUUCCUUUGCCUGGACAAUGCUCCCAGUAUCCACCAGCUCGUCCCACUACAGCGGAGGGCGGGAUCCAUAAAACGGUGUUCCUCGGCGAGUCCAGUCCUCUGACUUGUGUCGUUGACGAAGGGCGACGAUCUCCGGACAAGGGGUAUGCAUGCAGUCUCCAGAAAGGACGACUGCACUACUCUAUUUCGGAGCUUACCGGUGCAACUGAAAAUAGCCAUGACCCAAUAGGACCCCGUCGCAAGCUAGUACAUGAUCGUCUUACCCGCCAAGGGGCCCUUGAAUUCCCGUCGCCAACGAUAUGUGACACAUUACUUCAGGCUUAUUUCGACUGGCUUCACCCAUGCUUUCCAAUUCUAGAUCGCGCAGAUGUGCAAGCUGGCUACCAAGAGGGCACACUGUCACCUCUGCUUUUACAGUCCAUGCUGUUCAUUGGCGUGAGCCUGUGCUCGGACACAGCGUUGUUUACCACGGGCCUCGGUAAUCGUUAUCAGGCCAAAGAAGCGAUUUAUCAUAGAGCAAAGGAUAUAUAUGAUUCGGGAUGGGAAACAGACACGGUCACGAAGUUACAGUCAUUGUUUCUACUAAGCUUUUGGCGUGGCAGUCCAACGGAGGAGCGUGACGUUCGCUUUUGGCUCGGAGCUGCGAUCGGUCUUGCCCAGACAAAAGGCUUGCAUGUCAUGUCGAAGUUGUCCUUCUUGAAUCCCAAGGACCAUAAGAUUUGGAAACGAAUUUGGUGGGCUCUAUAUGUCAGAGAUCAACAAGCAUCGGCCGCGUUAGGCCUGCCUCCUCGUAUACGCGACGAAGACUGCCAAACUGCCGAGCUGGAAGCCGCGGACUUCGAGGAAAACGAGCCCAUGGGACGACCUGAAAUAUUCCGAGCGCCACCAAGUGUCCAUAUUUCCUACGUGAUUGGAAUGGCUCAAUUGGCCAGGAUAUUACGGGAAGUGGUUUCCAGCCAAUAUCUGCCCGGACGAUCCAAGUUGGAUAACGCAGCUCGGCCGAUACUUCAUCAACGCUUAGUUGACUGGGAGUCAUGCCUACCGGCCGAGCUGCAGUUUCAAAUGCCUAUGAGUAGGGACGCUAUGUUCCUCGUUGGCAUGCUUCAUAUGGCGUAUAACAACUUGCACAUCCUCUUAUAUCGGCCGCUUUUCUUACAACCCCCAGGCCAAUCAGGCAACUCAGAAGGAAAUAUCGCUCUGGAUGCCGCGACACGAAGCACCCGCAUUUUGGAGGAUAUGCUUUCAGAAAACCUGGUCCAACAUGGAUCUGUUCAUUUAAUCACCCACACAUUCUCGGCUCUUUGCAUACACACCAUCCACUUUGGGCGGGUGACAGGCACUGCCCGCAAAUUAGCAGAACAUAGGGCAAAGCUGUGCCUACUGGGCUUGAAGGAAUUACAGAGAUCAUGGGAUCUGAAGAAUUGGGUCCUGGAUCUUUUCUUUCGAUGCUUGGAUGACCGGACUGCUCGCGAUCUCCAACUAGCUGACAGUCAUAUGCCACCAUCGAUAUCGCAGACAACUGGUGGUCAUGAACUUGAAGAGGUCUCACCUGCUACUCCUGCCAGUGGGCCAUAUCGAUCGCUGUCUCCAAAUGCAGCGGAAAAUCCCAUGCCGGAUUCCCACCUGGCGCUUUCGCAUAACCCCACGGAAGAGACGGCAAUCAAUAUGGACUGGUACGAGUUGUUCAACAUGGAGGGCGAUGAUGUUAUGGGCCUCGCCGGGUCAUUGUCAAAUCCGGAGUAUCUGAAUCCACAGAACCUGGAGUUUCUAUAUCGUUUCCUGUAG